AUGGCAGAAGAGAGAAUUCAAAACUUGGGCGUAUUAAGAUCUAUGUUCCCAACCAUAGAUCCGGAAGUAUGCGAAGCCGUCUUUGACACGAACGGCGGUAAGCUCGAAGAGAGUAUCAAUGCCUUGCUUUCCAUGGUUGACCCAGACUACAAAGCCGAAGAGGCUGUUCCCGUCCAAACGAUCACUGGUCAUGUUACGUCUACUUCGCGAGAGCAAAUCCAGCUCGACGAAGAGUUAGCAAGAACUCUGGCCUUGGAGGCUGACAGAGAAGCUAGAUAUUAUGAACAAUCUGUUCGCGCUCAGCAGCAAAAGCGUAACCAAGAAAAAGAACAGCAAUCAAAAGAAGGCGACUUUUUCACUGAUGAACUACCAGUGAUCAAAGAAAAGUUUACUACUGCCGCUCAUACGGCCGCUGAUACGACAAAGAAGAAGGUGAAGGAAUGGUACGAAAAAUUCAAAUCUUCAGUACGCGACGAUGACAGUCCGCAUAUGACUGGUGCUCAAUACACUAACCUUCCUGCUGACGAGGCUGAUCACGCUCUCUUAACCGAGGAUUAUCCGCCUCUAUCUCAGACGCGCACACAAGAUGCACAUUCUAAUAAAUAUAACAAAUCAGGUGGAUACACUAGCCAAUAUAACAGAGCUGGAGCAUAUACAUCCUCUUAUAACACAAGUUCAGAUGUGGACCGUGAUGCGAUUACAACUGUUUAUAAUCCGAGUUCAGAUGUGGACCGUGAUGCGAUUACAACUGUUUAUAAUCCUCCGCAACGUUCGACCGAGUCUCCUGCGAGAUUCAGCGAGACUAAUAAUGAACCCAUACAGAUUAUAAGAGAUAAAUCGAAUUCAAGCUCGUUUCCGGCAGUCACGGUUGAAGAAGAAGAUGAUGAUGAUUUGAUUAAACCUUCACCGUAUGCAAUAUCUGGGAAUAUAGGGAAUACCAAACCAGCCGUGCCGCCGAGACCAAGUGCGUCUUCUGAAGAGUAG